UAUUUGUAGUUCAACACGACUGGCAGAAGUGGCGGGAAAAGCACAGUUACCAUCACUAAAAAAUACGGUAACACAAAGUUUGUUUGACAUUAGCAAUUACAAACACCUCCAUUUCAGUGCUCUGUUCGAAGAAUCUUUUGUGUCGACCGGAGGACAUGAUAUACAGAAAAUAGGAAUGUUAUGCGAAUUGUUACAAUGAUGUGACAACGAUUGGUUGCAAAGUCUAACCUAUGCCUACCCCAACUAACCGCCAAUUGCAAUCAAAGCAAGAUUUUGAGUUUGACAGAGCAACCUUAGAGGUAAUAAGAUUACCGUAUGAUAAUUUUGGUCCAUUUCUUUUUGGCGUAAAAUAAGCUAUGACCAGUGAAGGAAGCCAGAUAGACUACGACUUGAAUAUAUAUUUUGUUAUAACACACAAACAAAAAGAUGAAAAUGAUUGUUCAAAAGACAUGUGGCACGCAUAUAAUAGUUGCGAUGAGCAUGAGCUAUCACCGAAGUGGAUCCAAGAAAAAAUGUGCAACACUUUGGCACCAGGUAAAAAGGACGUUUUCGUAAUGGAGGACUUUGAAGGACCCACAUUUGAUAAACUGUCUAAAUUGAAAUGCUUCAGAAUAGUUGGCCCACGAUGUUUAUUGAGCUGCUUCAUGACAGGAGAACCGAUUCCCGAGGGAAAUAGCCCGAUAUUCACAACAGCAAUGCGAGGUCUAACUGUUAGUGUUUCUGGACUUUCUCCAGAAGCAAAGGAAAAAGUAGGCCAAAAGGUUGAGUACAUGGGAGGUGUAUUUACCCGACAAUUUCGAAGCAGCGUCACACAUCUGGUCGCUAAUUUCGUAAUGUCUGCAAAAUACGAGGCAGCCAUUGAAGCAAAAAUACCGAUAAUGACUGAAGAAUGGGUAACAGCGGUGUGGGAAGCAAGUCUUGUAGAAAAUGUGCGUGCUACCAGUAGCAGGUUUGACAAAUACAAGUGUCCCGUAUUCAUGAAUCUUGUUGUCACAUCGACAAAUUUAUCAAAACGGAGAAAAGAGCAAAUCGAACAAUUGAUUCAUGCCCAUGGUGGGGUAUUUAUGAGAAUUCUUGACGGCGAGAAAGUGAAGAUUGUCAUAGCACCAGAAAAGUCAGUUCACAGUCAGAAGCUCAUGUAUGCAUUGCAGAACAACAUUGCUUGUGUAAAACCAGAGUGGGUUGAGGAAAGCAUUAAGCACGGUUAUGCGUUGCCAUUCUCGAACUUCCUGAUUACUUCGACGAAAGGAUCUUCCACGCCAAAAAAAUCUCUUGGAGAUAUACCUUUGGACUUUUCAACCAUAAGCACUAUCCAGGGUGUCGCACCUAACAAUUGUAUCGAUGAAACUAGAAUGUCAACAAUGUCCUCUACGAUGAAUCGUACGCACAUGGAAUUAAAAGCUGCCUACGUAGAAGUGUUGACUCGGCUCAAUAUCCAGGCAGCAAAAAAAGCAGGUCCAUUUCUGGAUGGAUGCAACAUUUAUUUAACAGGGUUUACACUGGAUCAUAGAGAAAAACUCAAUCGCAUAUUGAAUGUGGGUAGUGCUACACGACUUGAUAAUAUUUCAGAUGCCGUUACUCACGUCAUUGUGGGAGAUCAAAAUAAAGCGUCGGUCGAAAUGAAACAAAUGAAAUCUAUGGGAUUGAGUCCACACUUUUUAACAGUAAACUGGCUAGAAGAGAGCAUAAAAUUAAAGAGUACAGCUCCCGAGGAAGACUUCAUGCUCGAUAUAGAUGAAGGAACAUCUGGACAACAAAGAACGGAACCACCUUCCCCGCUAAGUAAAAAGAAUUUACAGCUUCUGCAAAAACCUAAACGACCGCCGAUACCCAAGUUUGAUAUAGAUAAAGAAAGUUAUUCUCAUAAGCCAAUUGAGCAAUCCGACCUCAUUGAAGAAUAUCGCACAUCUAAUGCGCCUGGUCCCAGUAAAAAAUCGAUACAGCAGCUGUUAGGGUCAACAAUUAAGAUGACGCACUUGGAAGAUGAAAUAUCCAGGAAUGUUGGAAAUAAUAGCGAAGAUAAUAACUCAUCUACUUUACGUGAAAACGAUCAUCAAGUAUCUAUGACCAAUAGGUAUAGUAAAAAUACCAACACCAGUGUUGAUCGUGGAGACAAUAAAGAGCGACUCACUGAAUGGGCGAACGAUUCCUCAAGACCUCAAACGCAACCGUCAGAAAUCAACGAACGAGUUCUUGAGGGUUUGACAUUCGUCUUGGCUGGUUUUGAUCAAGAUCAAGAAAAUUUAGUCGAGAACAUAGAGACGAUGGGCGGUCGUGUCGUUCCCAGUUUCUUCAAAGGCAUACCUGAUUUUGCCGUAGUUCCAUUAUUAGGUGCUCCGCUGAGGCACACGGUAAACGAAAUCGUCACUGAAUUAUUCAUUGAUGAUUGCAUAGACCAAGAUACCGUUGUUGAGGUAAAAUAUUACCACAAGCCUAUAUCCAUAUCACAGAAUAUCGCGCCCCUAGCAGAUUGCGUGAUUGCAAUGAGCUCGUACAUAGGCAAGGAACGAACGUUUUUAUCCAGCGUAGCCGAGGCUUUAGGAGCAAGGACCCAGGACACAUUCGCACGUAGAACAUAUCCAGAAAGGAACACUUACGGUUGUUCCCACUUGGUCUGCCCAACUCCCGAAGGCAGUAAAUAUAAUGCAGCAGUUAAGUGGAAGCUCCCGGCCGUGACUGCAGAUUGGCUACUAGCUUGUUUAGCACAACAACGUCGUGUACCAGAAACGGCGUAUCUCGUUGGUGAAAGUAUAGCUCAGGAAACACCGAAGGAAAGCAACCAAGAAACACCGAAUCAAACGAAAAAAUCAAAUUCUCUGUCAGGACCACCUUCCGAUUCAAAUGUAAGACAAAUUAUAACGCCAAAACGACAAUUACCGUUGCCACAGGCAUCCGGAACAGCACCUGGAACAACACCAGGGAUAACACCGAUAAACAAACGGCUCAAUAUUUCUGAUUACAAAACACCGCCGUCUCCGUUUCAUGUAUCGACCCCGGAUACACCAUAUGGCCAAUUUUUGAAGCCAAAUCCUUCGCCUGAUACGAGAAAACGUUGGCUUAAAUGGGCCGACGACUUGCCUGAUAUGAGGGUCGUUGAACCUCCAUUGAAACGCAGGGCACCCAGUACUCCGCUAUCCGAACUGAAGAGGCAAUUGUGGACCAAAAUGAAGGAGCCUCUUGAUGGUAAAAACGAACAAGCAUUGGAAACGGAUGAAAAAAGUAUAAACGGAUCUGUGGAGUCGCAGAGAGUAUCACAGAACAGGAGUAUAAGUUCUUCAUCCGCGACCAGUAAUGCGCAAAUACCGAAAGAACUUUCAUUCGGAGAGGAGAAUAGCCCCACUAAAACGGAUCAGAUUAAUCUGCAACUUGCCCAACUGGAUCAAUUACUCCAGGCAUCAAAAUCUGAAACGAGACAUUCGCUGUCUUCGGAAUCUGCAAAACAAGCUAUAUAUGAUUCCGAGCCUACUGAUCACAUACCGAAAUGUGCAGUCAAGGAUUCACAACUAGAUACUGUUGGGUGGGAGGAUCCAGUUCACACUGCUUUACGGAGAAAGUCAACCGUACCUGAAGAAACUGAAGCAGAAGUUGGAGCAGAUACUGAAAAUGUUGAAGAAAUAACAUUGCGUGAAUCAGUCGAUAAAGUGACAUCGAAAAAGCGGACAUUCAUGUUAUCUGGAAUAAAGGAACGGAGUAACUACGAACAAGUUAUAUUAGCACUUGGAGGCAGUGUAUCAACGGAAGCACACUUUGUCCCAACAGCGACACAUUUAUUAUGUGUCAAGCCUGCACGAAAUGAAAAACUUCUUUCGAGCAUAGCAGCAGGAUUAUGGAUACUUAGUCAUCAUUAUUUGAGAGAUUGUGAAGCCGAAGGCAGGUUUCUCGAUGAGGAGAAUUAUGAGUGGGGUAACCCUAAGAGUAAGAAUAUUAAUCCAGAACCUGCCACAGAGACUGAAAGGCAGUUAGCAGCUGCAGCCCACCGAUGGAGACUAUGGUCAUUGGAAAAUCUGGGUGGCGCAUUUCACGAUAUGGUAGCCCUGCUCAUAGGACCCGAAGAAAAAUGCCAGCAAUUCGAAAGAGUAAUUCGCGCCGGAGGGGGGAAAGUUGUGGAAGCAAAACCACCUUACAACAUGAAUUCAAAGUCGGAAAAAAUCACACAUUGUUUCAUACAAGUCAAACAGGUGGAUCAGCCGGUAGAUUGGGCAAUGAUGGCCAGUAAGGGAAUUCUAUGUUUCUUACCACAGUUCCUCUGCGACCAAUUAACUGCUGAACAACCUUUGAAUCCAAGAGAAUGUGUGCUUCCUGAAUUUAGAAAGUAUCUUUCACUAUUACCUAAAUAAAUAGCAAUGGAACGCCAAUGUUCCAACACAAAAAUUAAAAUCAUUCUUGUUGAUAAUAAAUUUUAUUUAUUAGAAAUGAAAAAA